UGGUCAUUCUUCCGCUCAACCGGCAACCUUGACACGUCAACAGCAAAACGACAUCGAGCAUUCUAACUUCCAACACAUCAAACUCACACUAUGGAACUUGCCCGAGUUUCACCUUAUGACUCACGACAACCGAGCUCACGUCAGAUGCAUCUCGCUUUCACUACAACUUGAAGGGGACAGUCAUCACCUGUGGGAAGCUUCACCGUACAACAAGCGAUCUCCGCGCACAACAGAUAACUGCAUUGUUACCACAGCAAUACACGACCUAUUUUGGAUGCUCAGCUCAUGGGAGCCCCAAGGACAACUCAACUUAGAGAUCGAGAUCUACUCUGCCAGUCAAAAAUCUCCUGGCUCUUCCGAGACAGCUUUGGCCCCUGCUGACCAAGUAAUUCUAGGUAAUGACGCGGGUGUAUAUUUCAACGAAGCUUACGAGAAGUAUUGGUGGCAAACCUUGCCGGAAGCCCCCGCGGUCACGAGCCUCCUCCUCAAAGUACGACAUGACCGAGCCUGGAAACCUGCGACACUCGACAACUUGGUUUCCCGCCUACCGAACCUCGAAGAGUUCCGCUACGAGAACAUGCCUCAGGACCCCGCUGCCGACGCUAUUCCGAUACACCACAACCCCUUGUUCUCUGCUAAGCGCUGGUCAAGAGCCUUGAUAUACUAUACGAGGGUUCAGGAGCAGUAUUUCUCCACACCUUCCCAGAUUCAUUACGAAGCGACUGAGUUUGACCCUUUGCGACGUCCAACUGCCGAUGAUUAGAGGCGAGCUUAAUUCAAUCACCUCUGAUCUACAUAUCUUGGAUGUAUCCUUUGUUGAAGAUCUUGAGAACAGAUGUCGUCGCGAUCUCAAUUUUUCGAUCAAGGGACACCGUCGCGCUUGGUGGAAUGGGUAUGGCGAUCGGCAACGCAUAAUGGAUGAGUCAGUUUCUCUGUAGCACGAAUCCAUCUUUACAUGUUGAUGAAAUAGUCCACUCACCCCUUUCUCAAUGUAUGAAGGUGACGAAUUUUAGUUGAGCUACAAACAAGUAGAUUCGAAUAGUUUGAAAAAAAAAAAAAAAACCAGGCAUCGAUUGAUCUUUCCAAGGACUUGUUUCCAUGCUAAUGCAAUUAAUAACAUUAAAUGGCUCCAACGU